ACACGUCCGCCAUUCGGUCAAUUACCGAACGGUAAAUUCCUUCGCUUCACUCCUUAUAACUGUUUUUUUUUUAAUAAAUCAUUGCACAAACAGUGCAUAAACACUCUCAACAAUUGUCUAAGUGUUCGACGUUCGAUUCUUUAUCAAACGAUGGGAGACUCUGAUGACGAGUACGACAGGAAGCGUCGGGACAAAUUCCGCGGGGAAAGACCAGAGUCUUAUUCCAGAGAGGGACGCAGGGAUGACAGACGGAGGGAUGAGUGGGCCGAGAGGGAAUGGUCGAGUAGAGCGAGAGCUCGUCCAGAUUAUCGAGAAUAUCGUGGUGGAGGUGGAGGUGGCAGAGAGAGAUACAGUCCAGGAAGAUCCCAGGACAUGGGACCACCGAUGAAACGAAUGAGAGCUGACUGGGACGAUCGAGGUUCAAGAUAUCCACAUGGCGAUUAUUAUGGCGGUGGUGGAGGUGGGGGUGGCGGAUCCUGGGGUCCAGAUCAUUAUCCACCCCCUCAUCACCCAAAUCAUCACUAUGGAAACCAUAACAACACCGUCAGCAGCGCGAGUCGAGAGGUAGCUGGCAACUUCAGCAAUUCAAACGUAGAGACUCAGCCCCCGAUGAUGACAUUCAAGGCCUUCCUGGUCACCCAGGAAGACACCAUAACCGACGAGGAGGCAAUAAAGCGCUACAACGAGUACAAACUCGAAUUUCGUCGUCAGCAACUCAACGAGUUCUUCGUAGCCCACAAGGACGAGGAAUGGUUCAAGAUUAAAUAUCAUCCUGAAGAGUCGAUUAAGAGAAAGGACGAACAGGUUUCAGCGCUCAAGAAACGUGUGGAAGUAUUCUUGGAGCUUCUAAAUUCAGGACAAAUCGAAAAAGUGUCGAUAGAUUCUGAUCAGUCAGACGUAUUGCUCCAUCUUCUGGAUUCAGUUGUCAUAAAACUCGAAGGUGGAACUGAAGAGGACUUGAAGAUUCUAGACUCGAAGCCUCAGAUUCCAGCACUGAGAGAAUUCAUGCGGAAAGAUAAGGAGAAAGAGAAGGAAAAAGAGAAGGAGAAAGAGAAAGAGAAAGAGAAGGAGACAGAGAAAGAAAAAGAGAAGGAUAAGGUAGAAGAGAAAGAGAAAGUCGAGGAGAAGACAGAGGAGGAUGACAAGAAGGAGGAGAUCACUAAGUCUUCCCCAGAUGAGGAAGCUAAAGUCGACAGCGAAGAGAAACCGCAAGAGGCAAUGGACCAAGACCCUUCAGCACCAGACGAGCAGAACGGUGACAUCGAGAUGAAGCCCUCUUCUCCAGGAGGCCCCACUGACGUCUCCGAGCCAGUGCCUGAGGCCCCAGCAGACACCUCCAACCCCCCAGAGGAACCGCCGACCGAUGCGUCAGAGUCAAACCCCAAAAAGCGUAAGAGAACCGACUCCAACUCGAGUUCCUCCUGGUCAUCCAGCAGUUCCUCCUCAGACAGCGAUAAACCAGAGACCCCGAAAGAGGCAAAACCCGAUGAGGAGACCCCACAGGUCCCCGACGAGCCCUUAGAGCCAUCAGAGCCAACAGAGCCAACAGAACCUCCAAAAUCCGAUAGCAAAGAGGAAGAAGAGGGCGAGGCUCAGGAGCCGGAGAAAAAAUCCCCCCCAGCUGAAUCGUCCCCUAAGAAAAAAGAGCCUGAACCAGAGGCUGUGAUUGAUCUUGCCUCCGAGGAUAAGGAGAAAGAACCCAGGGCCCUUCACAAGACCAGCAGCAUAUUCCUGAGGAAUCUAGCCCCCACGAUAACAAAAGCUGAGGUCGAAGCAAUGUGCAAACGCUUUCCAGGUUUUCUCAGGGUGGCAAUUGCUGAUCCGCAGCCGGAGCGUCGCUGGUUCAGAAGGGGUUGGGUGUCCUUUGAACGUCAGGUAAAUAUCAAGGAGAUUUGCUGGAGUCUUAACAAUAUUAGAUUGCGAGACUGCGAGCUUGGGGCCAUUGUCAAUCGUGAUUUAAUCAGAAGAAUCAGAACUGUCAAUGGAAUUACAGCACACAAACAGAUUGUUAGGUAUGAUAUAAAGCUGUCAGCUAAGAUUGUUCAUAAUCUUGAUACUAGGCUGGGGCUUUGGAGUGAUGAUAAGGGUGAAGAGAGCGAUAAAAAGGAGAAAAGGGAGAAUGAUAUGGAGCAGGCGGCAUUUGGCCUGUCCUCCAAGAAUCCAGUGCUCAAGAAUAUAACGGAUUAUUUGAUUGAAGAGGCAUCUGCUGAGGAGGAGGAACUCCUUGGGAUGUCUGGGGAUCAGGAAGAGGGACAGCUCGGGGAUGGUGAGGGACCCAUCGAGCGUGAUCCAACGUUGAUCAAAGUUCUCGAUCGAUUGAUACUUUAUUUGAGAAUUGUUCACUCUGUUGAUUACUAUAAUCACUGUGAAUAUCCUAAUGAGGACGAGAUGCCCAAUAGGUGUGGCAUCAUGCAUGUCAGAGGACCUCCACCUGCUGCCAAGGUGUCAUCAUCAGAGCUUGGGGAGUAUAGCAGAAAUUUUGAAGGAAAAAUGUCGGCUUUUCUUGCUCCUGUGGCUACUGUCCCAUCUGGUGAGUUUGAAAAGCUCGGGGCUAAAGAUGCUGAGGCUGAGGUUGAGAAAUUCGUGCAGGCUAAUACUCAGGAGUUGUCCAAGGAUAAGUGGUUGUGCCCUCUCAGUGGGAAAAAAUUCAAGGGACCCGAUUUCAUCAGAAAACAUAUUUUUAAUAAACAUGCAGAGAAGGUGGCGGAGGUCAAGGCUGAGGCCGAGUACUUUAAUAAUUAUUUGAAGGACCCCAAGAGACCCAUUCUACCUGAACAUCCUGGCAAUAAGGCACCACCUAGGGAAACACCCAGGGAAAAUUUCCCUCACUUCGGAGCCAUUGGAGGCUUCGGUGGAUUUGGAGGUGGAAAUUUUGGAGCUUCACGAGGUGGAUUUGGUGGUGGCUAUGGUGGUGGUUUCGGUGGUGGAUUUGGAAUGCCACGUCCUAAUCGUGGUGGAUUCAACAGAGGACGGGCCGCUCCAGAAUCAACAUCGAGACCAAUAAUUAGUUAUAAUGACCUGGACCAUUUAGGCGACGAUAUAUUCUAAUUUUUUCACGAGAGAAAAUUCCUCGAACAUUGAUCUAACGAUCUAUUACGUAUAUUCGAUGUUAUGGAGGCAGCAGUCGUUAUUUCUAAUCAUUUUUAUCAACAAUUAUAAUUAUUUCCUCGGCAAUUACGUCGAUUUGAUCGCUCGCUAUGGCAUUAGCUUCUGAAUUCAUAAUUUUAUAUAAUUAAUGGCAUUUUAAUGAAUUGUUACACUUAAAGUUCACGAUAAACUGCUGCCUCCAUGAGAAUAUUUACGUGCCAGAGAUAAAAUGAAACAAAACAAGUGGAAAAAAAUGUAAAUACAAAGUAAAAAAAAUUCAACUCAAAGACCACAAAUUUCGAAGGUAAACAAAUAAAUGUAUUCGUUGUAAUUGAUCUGUCAAUUUAUUUUAUUAAAAAAUUUCCCCUCCAUUCCUGUUUUCACCUCUUGAUGAUACAAUGACACAAUAAAAUGAUUUAACACUUGGAUAUUUAUUUGUUUAUUUUCAAUGGACGUGAUAAAUCAUCGAUUGAAAGUACAUAAAUAAUCGAAUGAGAGAAAUAAAAUCGAAGGGACAAAACAUUAAAUAAAGCUAAUGGUUUUUAUGGUUUUUUUGCCAA